CUGGUUGAAAGUUGACCAUAACGAUCAUUCUCUAAUUCAUUAUAGUUGCUGCCCACGAAAGACAUUGGCAACGUUGGGAAAUAGUCGUUUGUGUAAGAAUCUUAUGAAUUUGAAUUCGAAUAAAACAAUUUAAAAGAUUGAAUUUGAGAGCAAAAUAAAGGAAUAAUGGAUAGUUGUCCGAUAAAAUUGCAAUGAAUGACUUUGAAUUCCACACAAUAUUCUAAAACAAAACCAUCGUUGUUGAUAAAGUUGAGAAUUCGAUUAAAAAGCAUUUCUCGUCUUGCAGCAAUUUCGAUUUCUAUGAAGAGAAAUCUUCUCCCUCUUAACUUAUAAUUUUUCUUGUGUCUAUUUUAGACUAUCCAUUACGUUCUCCAUCCAGCACCAACCUUCAUCCGAAUGCUAGAUGGCAACAAAAUGGUAUCACUGUGGCUGGAGGAAAUCGACAAGGCAAUGGAAUCAAUCAACUCUCAAAUCCAUGGGGUUUGUAUGUUGAUGAUGAUCAAACAAUCUAUGUUGCUGAUCGAACGAAUCAUCGUAUUGUGGAAUGGAAACGAGGUGCAACAAGUGGCCAAGUGGUUGCCGGUGGAAAUGGACAAGGAAGUGGAGAUCAUCAAUUGCAUAACCCAAGAGAUGUGAUUAUCGACAAAGAGAGAGAUCGUCUCAUCAUAUGCGAUUAUUCGAAUAGAAGAGUGGUUCGAUGGCCUCGUCGAAAUGGGACAACUGGAGAAACAAUCAUCUCCAACAUCUAUUGUAUGGGUUUGACAAUGGACGAGAAUGGAUCUCUCUAUGUCACUGACUACGGAAGAGAUGAAGUGAGACGAUAUCGAAGAGGAGAAUCUCAAGGAACAGUGGUUGCAGGUGGCAAUGGAAGUGGAAAUCGUCUCGAUCAACUCUCUUUCCCACGAUACGUAUUCGUCGAUCCAGAUCAUUCAGUAUACGUAUCUGAAUGGGACAAUCAUCGUGUGAUGAAAUGGAUGGAAGGUGCAAAACAAGGCAUUGUCGUGGCUGGUGGUCAAGGAAAAGGAAAUGGUCUUACACAAUUGUCAUCUCCUCAAGGAGUCGUUGUCGAUCAAUUGGGCACUGUCUAUGUGGCUGAUGACUGGAAUAAUCGAAUCAUGCGUUGGCCUAAAGGAGCCACACAAGGAAGUGUCAUUGUUGGUGGAAACGGUAGUGGAGAACAAUUGAACCAACUCCAUUGGCCCAUCGGAUUGUCAUUCGAUCGACACGGGAAUCUCUAUGUCGUCGAUAACGGAGGUCACCGAAUCCAAAAAUUCGAUGUCCGUUCAAAUAUAUAAGUGUUGCUGCAAUGUGUUUGUCUUCCCUAGAACGUCUAACGAAAUAAACGAAUGAAUAUCAAUCACAACAAAUAAAUGUUUAAUUUGAUUUUAUGCGAUAAUUGAAGUGAAUAUUGGUUCAGUGAGUCGUUCUAGUUGAAUAAAGAUAGAACCGCUCGUAUAUCAUUUAAUACGUAGACAUCGCUUUGAAUCCAUUUUCUCAUCGUUAGGAUAGAGCGCACCAGAGCACCAACUAUGCCUUGCAUUAUUCUCUUUAUAUGCUGGAUCGAUAGAGGAAGUUAAAGAACAUGAGACAAAAUAUGUCGUUAUCAAAAUAUUCCCUUCAAAAUUUCACUUCAAAAAACCGCUGACACUUUGUGAGAAGGUGCUAUGUGUCCAAAACAUGGCUAUAAAAGUUGCAUAGAUGUAUUUCUUAAGUGUAAUGUCUGACAGACGUUAAAAUAAUACUGCAGGCUCAAUUAAAAUUGCUCUUUGUGAUAAUGGCUGAAGAAGAUUGAAUCUUUUUUACAAAAAAGUUCAUAUGAAAAGUAGAAUUCUCAGGGACUCUCAGAAAUCAAGAAAUGGGCUAAACAGCUUUUUUCAGAAUUUCAUCAAGAAGCAGUGCAGUCUUUUUCAGCGGUCCGUCAUCCUAAAAUUUCAAUGUUCUA